AAUGGGAAUCCUUUUCAUAUGCAACACGCACAGCACUAAACUUUACCCACCGACGCAGCCAGUUCAGGGAAGAUACCGGCACCUCUCCAAGGAAUUUAACACUUUUACGCACAUUUUUACGCACGUUUUUACGCACAGACAAAAGCAAAACCCGCAGCCAACAACAACAAGAGGAACAAUCCUGCAGCUGUUGCACAACACUCUGCGCUCUUUGACCAACCGAGAAAGCUGAUAUCAACCCAGCCUCUGCCAAAAAUCACGGCUGGAAAAAGAAAAAGACGAGAAAAAGAAACGAAGGAAACAUGUCCAAGCCAAAUUACUCCGGGGUUUUUCACAUGGUGGCGCAGGAGAACAUGGAUGAGUACCUCGCAGCUUUAGAUAUAAAUUACGCUUUGAGGAAAAUCGUGUGUUUGUUGAAACCGACCAAAGACAUCACACACGACCCGGCGUCAGGAGCCAUGAAAAUCAAGACCAUCACCACCUUCAAGAACUUCUACAUGGACUUUGUGAUCGGACAGGAGUUCACCGAGGACCUGGGACCGGUGGACGGCCGCACGUGCCAGACCACGGUGAGCUGGGAGGGGGAUAAACUGGUGUGUGUGCAGAGAGGAGAGAAACAAGGCCGAGGAUGGACUCACUGGCUCGAGGGAAACAAACUACAUCUGGAGAUGAGAGUUGAAGGCGUCGUGGCAAAGCAGGUCUUCGAGAAAGCCGCCUGAAACGACUCGACCUGUGGUUCUCAACCUUUUCACACCAAGUACCACCAGGGGGCGCACCACCGGGGGGGCGUACCACCAGGGGGCGCACCACCAGGGGGCGCACCAAGUGUUAUAACUCACUAACCCAGACUUAUGUGAGUAAGUUUGUCUUUAAACGAUGUCAUCUUAGCUCAUAAACCAGCGUUAUCAAAGUGUGGCUCAGUUGCUAUGGAAACAUGAUGCUGGGACCUCAUCGUCUGGAGCCAAAAUAACAAAUAAAGAGAAACUUAUCCACGUAAAGGAGCACUGUGUAACUUUUCUGGUGUAUGUCUGUGUGUAAAAUGCAUUUAUUCUACGACCGGAGUGCUUAGUGCUAAUGAAAACCAUGUACCGGUGUUCUUACUGUGAAAGCUCAGUCACCUCUCCACAGAUCUGACCAGUAACUUGGCCUGGUGAUGUCAUGCAGACGAGCAGGUGGUGAGCCCUCCACCAGGAAAGUUACAUAAUGUACCUUUAAAGGGCCCAUAUGACGCUGUUUUCUGAUCUGUCCUAAUGUGGUUUCCUCGUCACAAACAGACCUGGAGUUGUGUUUUUUUUGUUUUGUUUUGUUUCAUUCUUGUUCUUCUCUCAAACAGAAAACACUCCGUUCCACCUUGUGAUGUCAUCAUGUGGUGAUACAGGAAGUGCUCCACUGCGUUUUUAAACUCCACACACCUUCAUUUCUAUAAUCAUUUGGAUCAUUUCAGCCAAUCUGGAGUUGAGAAUCUACUACUGAACUAAAGGUAAAAGGAGCUGCGAACUUGAAAACUACCACUUGAUGACAUCACAAGGUGGAACAGAGCGUUUUGAGCUUUGGAGAUGUCGACAGAUGAAUUUUAAAGGGUGUGAAUGAAACAAAACACAGCUACAGGUCUGUUUUUGAAGAGGUAACAGCAUUAGAACACCCACAAAAGUGUUGUUGUUUUUUUUUUUUUUUGUAAUAUAGGACCUUUUAAUCCAUUUGUAUUGGGGGGGGAAAGUCUUAAAUCCAAACCAAAAAUAACUGAACGUAACAGGAUUAAACCAGGACUAAGUUUGAGAACCACUGGACCUGUUUGUUACUGUAACCUUAAUGUGUUGUGAGUAGAAAAGCAGCUAUGAGAAGUCUUUUUAGUUUGAUUCUAAUCGUAAAAGUUGUGUUUUGUUUGUGUAUUUUAAUGUGCGUGAUUACUGCGUCUGUGUGUGGUACUAAUACGAGAACGAUGGAGUAUUAUUGACUUUGCACUAACGACAAAGACAUUAUAAAGAAAUACAACAUCUGCUCUGAUUUACUGCUGUUUUUAUU